AUGAAAGAUAGACAUUCCUGGACGGUUGAGGAAACAAGAGCACUCGUCGACAGCUUCGAUGCCUUGAGAGGCAAGGAUAUCCCUCUUACGGUAGCCUCUAUUUACACAGAGUUCAAGAACCUCAUGCCACAGAGCCUCCUCGCAAAGUCACAUAUCGCCAACAAGAUUACGACGUUGGCUAGACAGAAGAAAGUUUCUAAAAAAGAAUUGUUUCAUUCCUGGGAGGAGCAUCGUGAGCAAUUGCGAGAAGACUCCGAUAAUCGGAAACGUAAAAGACAUGAGUCGCAGGACGUCAACGAGUCAAACAACACCAACUCACCCACCCUGGAGCUGCGCCUAGGUAAAAGAAGAAGUACCACUAGGCAGCUAGAGUCGAAUUGUUCCGAGGAGCAAAGCGAAUCCGGCUUAUCUUCGACAGCGACCUUUGGCACACAAAAUUCCCCAGAUGACGAUACUCCAGACAGACAUUUGGACAAUAUGGAAGAGCAGAGUCCUGCGUCAGGCCGUAUCAACAUGCAAGUCGAGCCCUGGGAGGAAAAGCUUCUCUCAUAUAUCCGCGGGUAUCUUCACAACAACAUCCACGACCACCCUCCUGAUUACGAAUACAUCAGGGAUACUCUGGAGAAGGCACGCGAGGAGACAGAACAAGGCAUCAAAUGCUUUCUGCUGGCUCGGCCUCCAGCCAGGCUCACACCUUCGAGUAUGACUGACUCCGCCAAGGACCUGAGCUGCUUAUUACUCAGAGGAGGAGAAGGCAGGAGCUUGGAAAGCGGUCUGAAUACGUUAUACUCAGGCCCAGGAAUGACUGUCGAAUUACUCCUUCGUGUUUUCGCCGCCGCGGCGAUCUAUCGGUGGGUAUUCUUAUGGUCUGACGAACGUUGGGACGUGCCCAUGCCGUCUGAAAUGUGCAAACUAAUGGGAGUCUGCGAACAAUUGAAUCCGGAUUUUGUCGCAAAGAUCAAGCUUGAAAAUCGUCUCAAGCACCUCGAAUCCGUGGUCAAGCCGACCUUACCUGAACGAGCACAACACUGUCAAGCAAUGCUGUACGAAGUCUUCGACAGUCUUUGCGUCACAUUGGCAAAGGCCCAACGCGCUUCUCUCACUGCCGGUUCAUCAGAGUCUAGCACUGAUUAUAGCUUCUACUCACGACGUGAACAACAGGUCCGAUGGGAGGGAAUAAUGUAUAGUGUCUUCUUGGAUCUCCUUCAUCUCAAACUCAUAAUGCUGAAAAGCUCCAUGAGCUACCUGUGGAGGUUCCCCAAACAGGGCGACGGCUUCAAAGCUGAAUGGAUGAAGUCGGCGCACGAAGCAUCAAUCCCGGAAGGAAGCUUGGUGUAUAUUUGUCUCAGUCCAGCACUUUUCUGUGGUGGACGGACCUCAGAUGCACGCUCGACCCUCGUUGCUGCGGCAUUGGUGGUUGUGGAGGGAUUUGCGGUCUGA